AUGGCUACCCCAACCCUCUACUUCUCGCCCAGUGGAGCAACUUUCGUCCCUGUCUCGGGAUAUACACCUACCAGUCUGGAUGAAAGAUACUCAACCCGUUCGAUGCCAACUACUCAGCAGGAUAUCGUGGUUGUUGCUGGGGCCUCUGAGACAGUAUUUUCGCUCGCUACAGGCGCAGGUCCAGCCACUGUCACUGUCACGGGCCCUCCUGGAGGCUCAACCGGCUCUGCAGCAACUCAUGAUGGAUCAAAUGGCUUGGGCACCGGUGCAAUCGUUGGUAUCGCCGUCGGCGUAGGAGGCAGCGUCCUGCUUCUCGUUGCAGGCGUCUUCGUCUUCCUCUGGCGUAAGCGCAGACGUGGAGCCAAAAACAACAAUCCGACAAGUCCUACUCUUGUAAACGACCCGAAAGCGCCGCCAGCCAACAGUGAUGGAUACUAUGCAUCCCCGCCCCAGCAAUACGCGUCUCAGUCGUAUCAGCAGCCGCAGUCUUUCGGCUACAAGGCUGAGCUGCCGGCAACACCAAAGGCGGAACUUCCAGCGGAGCUGCCAAGUCCGCAAAAUACGCCCGCGCCGCAGUAUAGCGAGUUUCAGAGUCCGACGAAGCAGGUACAUGAGUUGGAUACGCCGCGAUGA